AUGAAGGAUCUGGACCUGCUGCACAGACAGAAUGUGGCCCCCAAACCCAUACUUGAGAUGAGUCUUGGCCUGGCAAGAGAUGUGCUCAACCUCCAUGAUCGUUAUGAGGAUCUCAAGCCCUCCUUCAAGACUUCUGAAUUUUGCAAGGCUAAUCACGAAGCCAAUCUGGCUGAUUUUUCAAAGCAGAAGGCAGAGCUGGACCAGACGGUGGCAGGAUACAAGGAGGCUAAGUCCACUGCGGACAAGCUGGAAAAACAUAUUGAGGAGCUGCAGAAGCAACUGAGCAUGGUUGAAGCUUCCAUGCCAGCCUUGGCGAUUGCAGAGGCUUCAAUUCAUCAGGGGGUGCUGCUUCAAAAGGAACUCUCCAUUAAGAAGACCAACUUGCAAGAAACCCUCAAGAAAUUAGGGUUCUGA